AUGUCCUUUUGUAGCAUUGUAUUGUGUUGCAAAUUUAGUUGUACACCCAUCCAUACUCAGAUGAAUUCAGGGCUCAAAAAGUCGCUCAUCUGGGACAAGUACAUCUUUAUACAGGGCAAGGAUAUUUUCAUGUCUAGUUGGCCAAUGGGGAGGGCCAAGGCGAGUCAUUUCUAACUAAAACUAUGAAAUAAGACAUAAUAUCAAAGGCUUCAUGCAAGUUAACAUUAAGCAAGGCUGUGCUCUAGCAGAGCCCAGUGUCCCCUGGCGCCCAACUUUUGCUCUCGGGUGACUAGGAAAUCUUCCUUUUUUCAUCCAAAUCAUCUUCUGGGCACCCUAGAUUUUACAGGUUCAGAGCACUGAGCUCCCUUCAGUUUUUCCCGGGGCACAGCUUUGUUAAGUGUACGAUGUGGACGACUGCAUGUGCUGUAAUACUCCUGGUCAUUCCAUACACAUGGUAGCCAAGACUGUUUUUCUCUAAUCUCAUUCUCAAAGUGCUUGAUUUGAUCAGUGAAUGGACAGGCCAAUUUUCUAACAAAUGUUUGGAAGGGAUUGCAAAAUCAUGAGGUUAAUCUGUUUUUGUAGUUCCUCCUACAAAUAAUUAGCAAGCAUGCUUUUGGCUUUCACAGUCAAAUACAUGGUUUGCUUUUCUAUGUGUAUAUCAUUCUCUUGUUUCUAUAAUGAUGUGAUGAUGAUGUUUCUAUGUGAUGUUCCCAUUAUUCUUCAAAUACAAACGGCUUCAAACUUCCAAUAGUUGCAGUGAAACGCGGUUUGAUUUUUUGCCAAGCAUCAACUUCAGUGUUGGCAUUGUGGCUUGUAGAUGAACAUAGCUUAUACAUCUGUAUUAGCAGCGUGCAAAGAAAGUCGUGUCCAAUAGCCCGGGGGUAGUGGAUUUUGCUAUUGGGCUAGUAAAUUCUGUUAUUAACUUGCCCAACGGGCAAGUGAUGUUUUUUGAGGAAUUCGAAUAACAAGAACUGUGAAAUCAAUUCUGCUCUUCAAAAAGCUUUUGGGGCUAGUUGAAAUGACGUCUGGGCUAGCAAAUGUUAGCUUCAGCUUGCCCGAAUGGCAAGCUGUAAAAAUGAUUUUUGUUGCACCCUGAUUAGACACUCUUAUUUAGACUGUUUUGCAUUUGUGAGUCCUCCAUUUCUUGUUCUGUUUGCAGUGUGUAUGAGGAUGAUCCCCAUGCGGUUAAUCCCAAUAGCAUCCGGGAAAGAAAAUUGCAGCAACAGGUCUGAUUGGUCAUAGUUAUUGUUCUUGACAUCUUAGUACAAUUUCACACAAUCGAUGACCGUUUUCAUUUACUCCUCAAAUCAUUUCCCUGGUUUUGAAAACUUGUUGACUGUCUGUGUGAAUUAAUCACCAGUACCAAAAAUAACUUAAGUUACCAUGACACCUAAAGUGGUCAAAACUUGUAGGGUUGGUUACCAUCAGAACUGAAGGCUCUCGACACAAGCACUCUUAAAUUAUUUUUUAGUAGCCUUCUCUCAAAUGUAAAUGAAAAUUCAAGGGAAUACAAAGUUAUUGACGUUUGGAUUUACGAAGCUGGUGUACAGUGUACUUUUAGUCCACACAUGCAAAACAUUUUGUUAAUGAACAGAAAGUUUUGAUGUAAGAGGUUCAUCCAAAAAGUAAAUUGAAUAAGAAUCAUGCUCACCAAGCCAAAUGAGUGAUGUAAAAUACAGUGUGUUAACACUUGACGAAAAAGAUUUCCUGAUUGCCUCGGUGUGUUUAGUCGAUUUCAAACAUGGAACUUUACUUCUGCUGAAUGUAAUUUGUUUGUGAGGAAAAUCUACUACAGUUGGUCAAUGUCAUUACAUUUGACGUGGGCCUUAUUAUUUCCAGCUCUGCUUUUCAUCUCAUAAGUCUUAAAUUUACCACUUCUCAGCCAUCAACACAUACUGUACAAUGAGAUGAAUAUCAGUUUUUUAAUUUUAAUGUUUCAGAGAGAUCUUAUGAGAAAAAAGCAAGAAAUGAAGAGGGCGCAACCAGGUUAGUGCCUUAAAAAGAAAAUCUUAUCUCCACCUUCAGUUGUAUAACAAUGGUUUAAAAGCAGGUUUAAAUACAUGGUGCCUACAGUACAUUGUUGUUAUACAUUAACUUUAUUUUUUCCAGGAAUUGUAAAAUGUUAGGAGGUGGAUUAAAUGAGAGGUCUCAUGCAAGUUGUAAUUUUACAUCCAUGCACUUAAAAGAUAGGAAACCAUUGUUUUCCAGAGUCGAAAAAAUGCAAAUCUUGUUAGUCCAUUACUGUAAAAGGUGAAAAAGGGAUCUAAACCAAUUUAAUACUGGAACUUUUGACAGUUGAUUCAUAGGAUUCGGAGAAAUGAUGACAAUUAGUCAGGAGGGAAUAAUUCAAUUAGAUGUAAAGAAUAUUAAGUUGUCUUUCUGGCAGUUGUGGUCUCUAAUUAUGUCAGUCUGUAUCUCCAAUUUUUAACAGCCAUUGUUUUCAGAACUUAGUGCUUCAUUAUAACAAACGCAUUGUUGGACCAGCAAAAUAAUGUUGUACAUGUAAUGUCAUAGGAUUGUUUACCUGGUGCACCUGGGUUUUAAUUAAGGUGUAUGUGUAGUUUAGGUCAAAAGGCUGCAGUACUUGCGUGUGUAUUUUUGAGAUUAAUACAUUUUUUAAAUCAGUUAUUCUAAAUUUUCAUUUUGUAAAGUUCAAUCAAACCAAAGGUGUGAACAAAUGUGGUGUGUGUUUUAAUCUGUAUCCAUUAUCCAUUUAUAAACUUUUAUUUCAUAAAAUCCAGGGAUGGUUCAAGCAAAUGAUGUAGUUCGUCCAAUGUCCCGUCACUCUGAAAGAAGUCCUCUUGUCCUGGGUGGUACACAGCUUCAUGGUGAGACAGUGAAAUAUGUUUUUAUCACUGGAAUUUUUUUCCUUAAAAACAUCCAAUUGUCUUUGGCCUCUCCAAGAAAUAAAACUUUUUCUUGCAGAGUCUUUGAGUUGGGAAAUAAAUUGUUUUAAACACUGAUACCUGCAUAUGUAGGCCAUUACUUUGUUGUCAUUUAAACUAGUGUAUGUGGUGUCUAAUGUUGCAUGUGCUUCCUAUAUCUUGUUUUUUACAGGCUUGUAAAAACGCAUCUGUGCAUUUUAUGAUUUUAACUCAAAACCUAUGCCAACUCUAGAAAUUGUGCAUUUAAGUGAAGUUCAAACAGAACAUUAUUUUACACAUUGUACUCCAAACUUUGUCAGUUGUGCAUUGAUGAAAGUACUGUACAAGAUUUGCUUCAAUGUCCAAUUUGUAGUACAAUACAUUUGUUGCAAAUGCUGUAGUUAAUUUUUUAUCUCAGGUAAUUUUUAUUUUUCCUUUGUAUCAACUUUAUUAGUAUACAUAACCUUACCCAAAAACAAAAGAAAAAUAAAAAUUACCUGAGAUAGAAAUUCAACUGCAACACAAAUCACUUGCUGACCAGGUCCUUGGUAAACCAGUUAAUUUUCUUUUGCUCAAAUCUCAAUAAUAGUUAUAAUUCAGCUGUUCCCUAGCACCUGAAGCUUUGUAAUCUUCAUUGUUUACUGUUUGUUUGUUGUUAUACUGUAGGUAUUGAUGGUCCAGUUACCAGUACUUACAGUGCACCUCCAGAACCUGCUGUUGGUGGUCUGCUGGUAAAUGUUGGAUCAGAGGAGGUCGAACCACCACCACGAACAAAAGUAAAUUUAUGAAAAUUGUAUAAAAUAUUUGUAUAAAAUUAAUGCAGCUGACAGCUUCACAUGUUGGCUUGCCUUAUGCAUGUGCAUGUGAAUGUUUUGACAGCAAGGUUAACAGUCUCAAAAGGUACUUGAAUUUUCCCCCAAAUUAGAAAAACACGAAGCAAAUUUAUGCAGUAUGGAUAUAGCAAUUUUUAAUAAAAAAGAAUUGUUUACACUGUAAUUGGUUGGCUAGACUCUACAUUAUUUGCCUGAUGUUUUGUGCAUGGAUUUAUUAGCAGUUAAUUAAGUCCUUUAUCUGACCUGUCAACUCUCAUGAUAUCGCCGUAAGUGUCAGGAUUAAUUUUUUUCUAUCUUUCUUCACAGACUCCCAACAAAACUCCCAAUCUCAAGGGGUUUUUUGGGGGGGGGGGCUGGGGCAGAAUCAUUUGGAAGUGCAAUUGUAUACUCCACCCUGUUGAAUAACAAACUAAAAAUUUAAUGAGGAAUCCUAGUGCCAUGAACUAAAGCAAUCAAUGACAGUGGUGUAAUAAAAAUUAACACUUACUGUUCUUACCAAAUAGUGAUAAUUUUCCUUCUGUUUACUGUUAAGGCCUAGCUACUUAGUACUAGUCCAGAAGUUAAGCAUUAAUAUUUAAAUCAACACUUUACCCCAAUGGAAAAAGGGUUGGUAAUUUUAUUCUUGAGCGGGAAAAAUAGCCUCACACUAUUUUUUGUACAAAUUAUCUCCAGGCAGGUUUGUGCAUGUACCUUUUACUUCAUUGGAACACUGUACAAAAAUGUAUUUUUCCAUUUUGCCAAAAGUAGUAUUACGCUUAAGGUUUCCUUCAUUUUAAAGGUAAUUUUUUUGGUGUUUAUGGUUAUGACAGUCCCAUUUAAAAGAAACACAUAAUUAUUACCUCUACUUCAAAUUAUUAUUUGCAGCACACCACUGAUACUGAACGCAAGUUAGCAGCAAUGGGCAUUUCCUCAAGUGCAGAUUUUGCAGGCUUCAAGGAUGAUUUUGAUGAACCUGAGUUAACAUCACAAGUCAUCGCUCCAGCAAGAGCAAGAACACCAUCGCCAAACUUUCAAUCAACGCCACCACCCUCAUAUGAUUCUGCUACAAAGACAAAAAAGGUAUUAACAGCUAGUAUUCAAGGUUGGGGUCUGACAAAAUUUGAGAUAAGCCCAGUGCUCUGAACUUGUGCAUGUAUUUCAUGUAAAGAUCAUGAAUAUUUUUGCUGUAACUUUGAAAGAGUGUGGUAUUUAUUUGCUACUGGAUCAUUUUGGUAUUGGUGUUAAGUGUUGGAAGAAUUUAUAGGUUGUAGUACACAAUGUAGAUGAUUAAGAAAGAACAAGUUAUUAUAUUAUAAAUACAUGCACAUGUAUGUUCUGCAUUUUACAUGUAAUACAGUUCCUUUAGUCUGAUCGAGAUGACGACUAGCUCCAAUUAAUAAUGAACUAAAGAUAAAUAUAAGUUAUGGUAUGCUUUAAGUUCAAACCCAGCUUAAUCCAUUUCAGAUCAUUAUUAUAUACCUGUAUGUACAAUGUAUAUAAAUAUACAGUGAUAGUAAUAUUUAAACACUAGCAGGUGGCUACACUUUAUGUCGUGACUAAUAAGUUGUAAUGAAUAAUGUAUUAAAAUACAGCACUUUUACUACUCAGUGUUUAAAUGGCAACAAUAAUAAUUUUAUGUUGUUUUUACUUUGUAGCCAUCAAUUGCCAAUAGCAGAGAAUCACCUGAUGUCGAUGAUCUUGAAAAAUUUGUAUUUGAGUAAGUGCUAAAUAAUAUUAGAGAGAUUUAAAGUCACGUUUGUGGUAAACAGCAUAUGUCAGAUUAAAGUUGAAAAUUUCCCACUGAUAAGCAGAUUAAAACAGUACAAACCAGUUCUUAUGGAUAAAAUUGGUGCGUUGGUCAUGCGGUGCAAAUUCAUGUUUGCCAUUUGCUGACUAAAACGUGACUCUCCAUCUCUCUUAUUAAAAUAAUGAUCAUGCUUUCUUUUAUUGUUUUUGAUAGCCCAGCCCCACAAGGCACCACAAUUAAAUGCAGAAUAACUAGAGACAAAAAGGGAAUGGAUAGAGGAAUGUAUCCCACAUAUUUCCUCCAUAUGGAAAAAGAUGAUGGAAAAAAGGUACUAUACCUUAUGUUUCUUACAGCAAAGGAGCAUGCAUAUAUUAUUUUUGUAUUCUGUUUACUUUGAAUCAAAGCAGCCAUUUUUUACUCAAAUUCAUUCCUUUUUUUUGUGCAUUCAGAACAAAAAGUUUGCAUUACUCGUAAUUCCUGGAUUGGCCCAUACCCUUGCCCUCAGCUACAAUUUUUACCAAAUGUUUUUUACUAACAUAUAAGUUUCAUUUUCUUUGUCAUAUGAUGUUGUGUAGUGGCAAAUUUUAGCAUUUUAACUUAAAAUAGAAAGAUAUUUGAAAUAAAAGGGAGGCAAAUGAUGAAUGUCUGAGCAUAUGUUAAUAUAAUAAACACAAUACCACAUGGAAAGUGUUCUGUACAGUAUUUACCACUCUUGUUUUUUACAGUUUUUAUAAAUUGUCUGUUGUGCACUUGAAAUUUUAUUGGCUUGCUUUGUCAUAUAAGCCUGAAACAUAAUGUUCAGUGUUUGCCAAAGAAAAUAAAGCAUUCAACAUGUAAUAAUAUUAAUUCUUGCAUGGAAGAAAACACUUUCAACGCAGAGGUUGACGCUUACCUACGUGACAGAUUAAGUUAGCUUCACCAUUUUUUCAUAUCGCAUGCCUAUGAAUAGUGUCCAAGAGAAAAUGAAACAUGACUUCUUGCAUCAAGAAAAAUAAUUUUUUUGAUGCAACAGACCACGGCCUAUUUUUCUGAUGCAACAGGUCACACACUUCACCUAAGUUAUGUUACAUAGCACACCGAUGACCACAAUAUUAUUACCCUUAAAACUCAUUACAUUGUUUUAUCAACCAGUGAUACCUGUAGUGUCUCUGUACAUUGCUAUAUAUACAUGUAUGCCCUUUAUUUUCAGAUGUUUCUUCUGGCUGGUCGUAAGAGAAAAAAGAGUACAACAUCAAACUAUCUUAUAAGCACAGAUGCAACUGACCUCUCAAGAGGUGGAGAAAGUUUUAUCGGAAAGUUAAGGUAGAGUAUCUUCAAGCUCGUUCAAAUUUUUCUUUAAAUGUUCUUAUCAUAAUUGCUCCAUGUAGAGAAUGUAUGCGGUUACCAAAUAGUUAAUUUUCUCCUAAAGAGAUCCAUUUUGCUUUUGCGUAAAUUGACAGGCCUGGAUUUGAAAAGAAAAUGAUUUUUGGGGACUGAGGACUCAUGUCUGAACAGGUCACAAUAAUGUAGUCGGUCAAAACAAAAUAAUAAAGUCUACAGACGUAAAUACAGUAAAAACCCAUGAGUAAGAACCUGCAUUUUGUGAAGGAAAAAAUAAAUUGCAGCUAAUAAACAUUCUUGGAUGAGGUUUUUGUGAUAUCCAGAAUAAUCAAGGUUGAGGAAAGUGUUGUCAGUCAACGCGAUCCAAAGGCUGAGGCUGAUAACACUUACCGAGACCUUGAUUAUUUAGGAUAUCACGUAAAUUGAAUCUAAUAAUUGUUUUAUUUUAUACUUUAUUUUGAAGAAAAUAACGACAAACACACUGUCGCAAGGAACCUGAGUUUAUAUUGUUAUUGGAAACCAUGCAGUGCACGUCUGAUUACAGAUGUAGUCAGUUUAACUUAUCUGUAGGUUGCGCUGAUUUCCAAAAUAAGCUGUAAACUCUUACCCAAUGAGAAGUCAGAUAAUGAGUACAAUGUAUAAUAAGAGUAUUUAGUGGUAGUCAGCUUUCCUUAUACAUGUAAAAUCUGCACUACAUUACAUUUGCAGUUGGACUGAUAAGGGACCUAUGGUAUGUCAGUCUUUAAAGUAGGAUCUUGAAUGUGGACUAAUAUAUCUUAUUUGCCUGGGUACAGGUGGUGUACAGAAUUUUUUUUAUAGAGAACCUGUUUCAAAUUAUAAGCUAGGGAGGUUCUUGUAUAGAGGGGGCCUUUCUGGCAAAUUUUGCCCAACAGGUUCUUACUCUCUGUUUUUAAUCCUCUAAGCCUCAAUAUCCACCUACAAAUUCUCCAAACUAGUCUCUAUACAUUUCCAAAAAGAAUAAGUAAAGAGAAUUUGAUAAAAGGUAAAUGCAUUUUUUCUCAGGUGAUUAUUUGAUCAAUUCUCACAACCUAUUUUCUUGAUUGUGUAUUGAUAUUGUUAUGGAGAAAAUUGAUGUUUGUCACUCUUGGGACUAAAAAAUAUUGUAUUUUACUUCAAAUUUAUACUUGUCAUACCCAAUAUGACCACUGGGUGCUGUUGGACAAGGGUUAGCAUUUUGAUCUGGUGACUAACAUUUUUUGCAGCUUUGGUGGAUCAAAUAAUUAUACUAACACUCUUUUCCUGAGGCUAUUAUAUUACAAGACAUGACAUUUAUAAUAUCAUAGUACUGUGUACAAUUUCUUGGCGUGCAGGUAGCCAAAAACGCCAGCUGUGGCGUGCGGAAUUAAUUCUUUUACAAAACAGAUAUAAAAAGCAAAGAGAAAAAAAAAAAAAAAAAAGAGAGAGAGAAAAAAGAAAAGCAAAGAGAAAAGAAAAGAAAGAAUAUUUGUGGUAAAGUCAAAAGCAAGAAAGACAAGUCUGUUUAAUGCAAGUCGUGAAAGAAGCUAGUAUGAGUUUUAGGAUUUCGGGAUUUUAUUUCUUGCUUUGUAUUGGCACAGUAAUUUCAUCAGACCGAUGCCAGUCGUUAAUAUACAUGUUAUGGUUGUUUCCUUACAAUCACAAGUUGCCAAAACAAUAUUUAAAAGUAUUUUGUUCAAAGAAACCCUUAGUUAUUGGGAGCUUAUAAGUUAAGAACAUUUUGGUGUUCCACAAAGUUUAAAACGUUUUGUGGGAAGCACCAUUAAAAAAUUAACAGAAAUAAUGGCCAGAGCUUAACCUUCUCUCACAUUUUUUUAAACAAUGUAGAAACCUGGUUCUCAAAUGGGAAUCAGAAAAGCUAGAAAUUAAAGAAAAAUUGCUUAAAGUCUUCAUUUUGCACAUGUGCAACGUACCAUUUCUGAAUGUUUUUCGUUUUUUUUUCUUGUUACAGAUCUAAUUUAGUGGGAACAAGGUUUACUGUGUUUAACAAUGGUGUUAACCCUAAGAAGGGAGGGUGUAUGUCAGAUGGCUCAAAUAUCCGUGAAGAAGUAGCAGCAAUUAUUUAUGUAAGUGAGGUGUUUGUUUGGUUUUUUUUAUUAUUAUUGCAAGUAAAACACACACAGAAAAGAAACAAAAAUUACACAGAAUAAAUAAAGUAAUAAAAAGAAAAAAAAACAACAAAAAAACAAAAAGCGAAUUUACACACUUACAUGGCAAUAUACUUACAAAUAUUAAAAUAUGUUACAGCAGUGCUAAUUCCAUAUAUUACUGUACUUAGUAUGUAAGUGAGGUGUUUGUUGGUGGAGAAACUACUUAUUGUAAUUUGCAGCAAAAAGACUUACAUUGUGUAAUGUUGUACAUCGUUGCACAGUGGUCUAAAAAAAGUCCUUUAUUUUCUGGCAUUUUAUUCACUCUCAUGUGGUCCAGAAAACCUGGUUGGAAGUCCACAGUAAUUGUUGCACCACUUUUUUUUUUUACCACCGUUUUUGGACACAGGCCUACCUUGAUGGGAUAGGCACGAAUGGGACCCGGGUCCCAUACCCAAUCCCUCAGCCCGGAAAGGUUGGCCACAGCACUGGGGUCUACAUCCCCUACUCUUUUCGAACAGUGGUAUGGGUUCUUUUACAUCUCACAUGAACAGAUCAGUGAAAGUGCUCUGAGAUGGGAGCUACAGUUUUUUGUCCUGAUCCGAGAAGACUAGAAAGUGUAACCAUUUGCAGAUGUCAUUACAAAGGCAGCACUUUCUUCUCAGUUAUUUAAAGACCUUGAGUGUUGGUCCGGCCGGGGUUUGAACCCCUGAUCUCCUGCUUGGCGGACUGGUGCUCUCUCAACUGAGCUAACCAGGCAGCGCUUGUGAUGUCAUCAGAUUUAAUGCUUGUUGCACAACUUUUGCAGAGCAAAGAACUUUUCCCCUGCAUGAUUGUCAUUAGUAAUCAGGGUUUGAGCCAGGCCGCGCCAUUGCGCCAAUUUCGCACUGCAAUUGGAAUUGUCCCUUUAAGAAACGGCCAAGGGGACAAUUUGUCCCCUUCAAAAUUUUGGGAAAAAACUCGAAAGGAAGCACACACGAAGAGAUUUAUUUCAGUACAGAAAUUGCAAGCUGAAACAGAUCGUGGAAAGUAUAUUUUAUCGCACCUUUAAACUUCAUUCCAGAGUUACGUUUCAGUCACGCUCUACUGCUAUUUGCUGAUUCUUCGCGCGGUCGCGGAGCCGCGAAAUUCGGCAGAAAUCUUAUCAAAUACAUGUCUGUACAACAUAUUUGAAACUUACUUCAGCUAUAGGGGCUAUUUACUUGCCAUAAACUUGCAAAUUUAUCUUGAAACUUCGUCACUGAAACGUGCAAACAGAUUAUGUUGCGAAAAACUGGGUACUAGCCAUGAAGUUAAAGGCUUUGCCAUUGGUUCAUUUCUUGAGCGUAUUGUUGUUGAAAGAGCAAAUGAUGACCUCUGUUAGAAAAACGUUAAAAAGGCUGGUCUGAUCAGCGCAAAACCGAUCGAUUUCUAGCGAAAUUUGCCUUAAAAAUAACCACAAAAUCGGCCGUUUUUUACCGAUUGCUUUUCGGUGAAGUUUGCCCCGAAAACGCCCGCGAAAUCGGCCGAUUUUUCCGCGAAUUUGCCCCUAAAAAUCCCGCGAAAUUUGACUUUUCCUUCCAAGACCUAUCAGAAGCCUUGCUAAGAAGACAAUCUCCUUUGCAUCAGCAGAAGGGUGUACAAAUUUCUGUCCCCCUAAAAAUGAAAAUGUCCCCCAAAAUUUUAGCCAAGGGGACAAAUUGUCCCCCAGUGAUCAAAUCCUAGCUCAAACCCUGAGUAACCCAGGUGGUAAAAUAACAAAAAGCAUUCAGAAAUUUGUAUCACUUUGUAUCCCUUACUUAUAGAAUAUUCAUACUCUACAGAGUUUUCCAAAAAGCCUUUCAGUAGUAAUGAAGCCGAGAGAGAGACCUGUGCAAAAGAUGGUGUAUAAUUGAUGCACAUCAUAAAAAGUUACAGAAGUACCCAUUUAUUAUGCUUCUCCACACCAUUAUCACACAAUGGCCAUUACAUUUUAGAUGUGGCCCUUAACAUUUGAAAGCCAGGGCCCAUUUAUAUAUACCUGUUUUGCCUUCCCAGUCUAUGUAAACUCCAAGUCUGGAAGGGUAGGCCCCCUUGACUUACCUGAAGUUUCUGGGCCCAGUUGAUCGAAAGGUGGAUAAUGCUACCAUGUAUCCACUGUAUAAAUCUCGUGGAUAAUGCAAUUGACUUGUAUGAAAUCAUUAUCUUACAUGUAAAAACUAACAUGGUGAAAUCAGUUAUCGGCCACUUUGACCAGGCGAUCCCGCACCUAUUUGAAAGAUUGUUUUUGAUUAGCUGGGAGAACAAUAGGGGUUAAUGUCACAAUAAUGAUGCCCCUAUCCCUGAAAACGAUGGAAGUGCAGAUUAAAGUGGACCUGAGGGAAAUAAGAGGUUUAGAACAGUGCAGGUCUACUCAUUUGACCUAGGAUAAUAUUUUGGUAUACUGAGUGGCAAUUUAACAGCUGGAUUUAAUUUGUUUUUAAUUAUCAGGAUACAAAUGUACUUGGAUUUAAAGGUCCCCGGAGAAUGACUGUUAUUCUUCCUGCGAUGGAGGAAAGACUUGUUGAUCAACAAAAGAUACCCAUGAGAAUACCUGUGCGUCCACUGACGGUAUGUUCAUUUCAACAGCAAGUUGUUUACAAGAGAUUUCAGGGGGUCAAGUGUAGCUGUACUUUGUCAUUUCCUUUUUGUAUAAGUUUUGCGUAUAACUUUAAUCAUUACACAGUGAAUUGCAAGUACAUGCAUAAUAAUAAGUAGCUUAUAUUCAGGGCCCACAGAGCGGAUUUUCAAGUUGGGGGACUAAUGCCAACACAUAAGCAAUAGCAAACUAGGGAGGUCCGCGGGCAUGCUCCCCAAGGAAAAUUUCAAAUUUAAGUCUUCUGAAAUGGCUGUAAAUGCAUCUAAAACUGCCAAUAGUAAUAUAAAUUUGUUUAUUAUUAUAAUUACAUCGGCACUUAAAACAACAAGUUAUAUUUAACCUCGCCCCCACGUUAGACCAAAAUUUGAAUGAAUAGACUUUGAAACUAAACCUAACACUUGCAAUGGUUGAGUGUUACCUGGACAUUUUUAAGUCAGAUUCUGUGAAGGUACCAAUAAAGUUGCCUUUCCGAUUGUCAUUAAUAGCUACACACUGAUUGGCAACAGCGACAAGACAAAGUUUAAUGUCUGUUCUCUGUUUGUUGGUGUUCAGUAUUGUCAGAUUACUAAACCUUGUUUGUGUGGUAAGUGACAGAUCUGGGUAACCAAAGUAAAACAAAAAUAUUUUACCAUCCAAAAAAGUGGGGGGGGCUAAAGACUCCCCAGCCCCACCCCUGGCAGGUCCCUGAUAUUGCCAGUUAAUGAUGACAACAAUGUCAAAAAAGCAACAGGUUAUUUAUGACCAAAACAGCUAGUACAACUCUGCAAGCUAAAACUGGAUCAAAGUCUUUAAUAUUUCUCUGUCAUCUUCUGGGUAAUGAGUUAUGGAUUUAAUAACAUAUUUUUUUCCUUUUCUUUGAAUUCUGAACUUAUUACACUCAGAUGCUGUCGUAAAGGAUCCAACUGGAAGAAAAUCUGCUAAAAGUUGACAAAUUAAGCAAGUUAGAGCGACAAUCAAUAAAAGCAAAUGCACUUUUUUAAAGAUAACUUUCAUUUCUCCUGCCAUUUGAUUAUGGCUUUAGCUGCCUGAUGGUUAUAUAGUUGGAAAAAAGUCACCUCUUGCAUCUGUAUCAUGGAACUAGAAAUAAUAAGUUAUUGUUUAUUAUUUGAUGCCUACAUCUUAGGAUGCUGAUGGUUUGUUGGAAAGAUACAAGAACAAAAGAAUGGAAAACCUUUUGGAAUUACACAAUAAAACCCCUGUGUGGAAUGAUGGUAUGUACAAGUCUAAACUGUAAGAAAAAAAGAAUGAUGCAGUUUGUUUGAAUGGCAUUGUUAUUGCACUUUUGGCAGUAUGAAUCAAGUGUGAUUCAACUGCAUCUUUACUGGAUUAAAAUCAAAGCUAACAGAGCUUUUCCUUUGUUUAGAUACACAGUCAUAUGUCCUUAAUUUUCAUGGAAGAGUGACACAAGCUUCAGUAAAGAACUUUCAGAUUGUUUUAGACGCGGAUGGUAAGUAAAAAUUAAAAAUGCAAGAAGCGACAAGAAGAAUUGUUGGGACCCCAGUUCCUCAAUAUUAUUAUAUUAAUUUUUGAUAGCAUCAGAUGCGAGUAAAAUAUUAGUGGGAUGAUGGAUAAACCAAGUUUGAAAAAUUUACUGAGAGCUGCAGGGUUGUUGAAAUCCAAUUGAAAUAUAAUGUAUGAUUAUCACAGGGCAAAGGUCCAUACAUGCCUGUUUUCUCUUGGCCUUAGAACUUAUGAACACUGGUACAUGUGCACUCAUUGAGUAAGUAAGGUGAUUUCUUAAAAUCGUUUGAGCGAAUUUUCAAGUAAACAAUUUGCAUUCUUUUACUGAUGAAUUGUAAAAGGGACAAAGUCCAGUAUCUUCACAUGCUAGAUUACUGUGUGAUAACUUGAAUUCCCUUACGUACGAACUACGAAAGGGGCAAAGCUCAACACUCACGUGCAAACUGUGACUGUAAAUCUCAUGCUAUCUGGCUUUUCACUGUAGUAAUUAAUUAACUUAAACGUAUGAAGACCUCUUUACUUUUGUAACCAUUGUGCCUUAAGUAAAGGCUCUUUUCUUUUAAGAAGCACAAUAACUUAUAACAGUUGCAGAAUCAAGUCAUCAUGAGAGUGAAAGACUGUUUCAUUAGUAGAAUCACACAUGACAACCUCAUCAAUAAAUUAUGAGUGCCUUAUUAGUGAAAUUGGUUCCAUCUUGGUCAAAUCCUAUUCAAUCUCUCUCAUACGUUUGCAGUGCAUCGUGAAAAACGCUUUGUUCCUGCAUUUCUUCAGGGUGUGCCAAAACCUAUGUCCGAUGGUCCAGGAUGGGUAGAAAUUUAGUUCAGACAUGUAAACCAGCACAUUUUUAAUAAGAAAAAAUACAGGAACCAUUGAAAAUUGACUUCAAAUUACAGUAGAAUUAAAAUUUAUAUUAGUCAUAAAAGCAAACCUCAUGCUGGAUGAAAUGAGGUCAAAUAUUCCUUUUAACUUUGCCAUUCUGCAGCCAUUUCAUUUGUUUUUCUGGUCUUAGUAACCAGGCCUUUUAAGACAUUUAAGUCAUUCCUACUAUUAAGAUUGUGCAUGAUAUUAUAUUUAGGUUUAAAUUAUAUUUACAAGGUUAAUAAUGUGAUUAAAAACAUAUUAAAUGCCCAACAUUUUUUGGAGUUUCAAGGUUUAAAAUCUUUUGGACCAGAACUCUUGGGUUUUGGACAGCAAAAUUUAAUAUAGCAUGAGUGCUUGUCUGAAGGACAAGUGUAGAGGAAAAUUUUUCUCUUACUCGGUUUUUGAGGUCUGUAUCAAAUACCCAUUUGUUACUUUGAGUCUGGAAAAAGAAAUUAUUGUUUUGGGAAAAAGUCUGGAAAAAGUCUUGAAUUUUGGAUCCAAAAUCUGUACAAACCCAGUUACUUGUAAUUUUCUUGGUGCCCUGGAUAUCAGGUUUAAAAAAAUUCGCAUUGUAUUUGAUCCUUUGUAUUUUUGCAUUUUAUUUUUUUGUAGUUGAUUAUAUCAUUAUGCAGUUUGGCCGAGUGGCAGAAGAUGUUUUCACGAUGGAUUACAGCUACCCAAUGUGCGCUAUUCAAGCAUUUGCUGUUGCCCUGAGCAGUUUUGAUGGGAAGUUGGCUUGUGAAUGA